CUGGAGCCGAGGGUUACUCUCAGUGUUGGGGGUCAACCUGUCUCAUUCCUAGUCGACUCUGGAGCUGCGGCAUCGGUCCUGAAAUCCCCACUGGGCUCCCUCUCAUCGUCCACUGUGCAGGUCCAGGGAGCUACUGGACGAAAACAGUCUGUACCCCUCACCACUUCUCGGGAAGUCCGGUUAGGGAAGGGCCUAGUCUCCCAUUCUUUUCUAGUAAUGCCUGAUUGCCCUUACCCCUUGCUUGGCCGAGAUCUCCUACACAAGCUUCAGGCUAUCAUUUCCUUUAAGGGACCUAACCCCACUCUCGGGUUUAACCUGCCACAACUUGUUCUCACCUGCCCGUUGUCAGAGGAGUCUCGCCUCCUCCCCCUAACGUUUUCCCCAGACCGCCCCUCGACCACCUCCACCCCUACCUCCCUAACUCUGUUGAACCAUUUCAAAGGCUUGGUUCCUAGAGUCUGGGCUGAGACCAACCCGUUUGGUCUAGCAGGACACCAGCCCCCAGUGGUGGUCCAGCUCUCGUCCACAGCAACCCCUGCGAGUGUCCAACAAUACCUGUUGACUCGAGCUGCCCUUUUGGGCAUCAAGCCUCACAUCGAUCGACUCUUGGCGGCAGGCAUUCUACGCCCCUGCCAGAGCUCGUGGAACACCCCCCUACUUCCAGUUCGCAAGCCCGGGUCUGGAGACUUCCGUCCUGUCCAGGAUCUACGAGAAGUCAACGCCCGGGUGGAAACUGUACAUCCUACUGUGCCAAACCCGUACACGUUGCUAUCUUCCCUGGACCCUGCUCGGACUUGGUAUACUGUUUUGGACCUGAAGGAUGCUUUCUUUUCCAUUCCCUUGGCACCAGUAAGCCAACCUAUAUUCGCUUUUACUUGGACAGAUCCUAACACUGGGACAUCCUCUCAGCUCACCUGGACCUGGCUUCCCCAAGGUUUUAAGAACUCCCCUACACUUUUUGGCUCAGCUCUGGCCUCCGACCUGGCCGCCUUCCGGGUCUCGUAUCCGGAGGUCACUCUCCUCCAGUAUGUUGAUGACCUUUUGUUAGCUACUUCCUCUGAGGCAAUAUGCAAAGAUGCAACUCUCCACCUUCUCCAGCUGCUUGAAGCUUCCGGGUACCGUAUCUCUGGAAAGAAAGCACAACUGUGCUCUCAAUCCGUUGUUUACUUGGGUUUCACCCUUCGUUCUGGUCAAAGGUUACUGUCUCGGGGGCGUGUAGCUGCCAUUUUGGGCAUGCCCGCCCCGAGGGACCGCCGCGGGCUCCGGGAAUUCCUGGGGAUGGCUGGAUACUGUCGCCUCUGGAUCUUGGGGUUUGCCGAGGUUGCCAAACCCCUAUAUGAGGCCCUAACUGGUGAACCCACCCAAUUUGUUUGGGGACCACGGCAGCAGGAAGCAUUCGACAAGCUCCGAAAGGCGCUGUCCAGCACGCCUGCCCUCUCCCUGCCAGACCUGUCCAAGCCCUUCCGCCUCUAUGUGUCUGAGUCUCGAGCUGUGGCCAAAGGGGUUCUGACCCAGCCCCUGGGGCCCUGGAAUCGUCCUGUUGCCUAUCUCUCCAAGCAGCUGGACCCUGUGGCUUCCGGGUGGCCCUCUUGCCUGCGAACUGUGGCGGCCGUUGCCGUCUUGGUUAGGGAAGCCGCAAAGCUCACUUUCGGGCAGCCUCUUGAGAUUUCAGCAUCACAUCAUCUGGAACAGCUUUUACAUUCCCCGCCAACAAGAUGGAUCUCAAAUUCACGCCUGACUCAUUACCAAUCCUUACUCCUAGAUUCCGCGCGCAUCUCUUUCGCUCCUCCGGUCACACUCAACCCGGCCACCCUGCUCCCUGACUCCCCUCCUUCCUCCCCUAUACAUGACUGCCUGGACACACUGGACUCCAUCCACACGUCCCGCCCUGGACUUACUGAUGUUCCUUUAACAAACCCCGACCUAGUGCUCUUCACGGACGGCAGUAGUUUUGUUCAGGAGGGGAUCCGUAGGGCGGGUGCAGCCGUGGUCACUCCGGUUGAGACCCUCUGGGAUACCGCUCUACCCCCUGGCACAUCUGCUCAACGUGCUGAACUCAUUGCCUUAACUCAAGCCCUUAGACUCUCUGCAGGGAGGCGAGUAAAUAUUUACACAGAUAGCCGCUAUGCCUUUGCCACUGUUCAUAUCCAUGGAUAUGUAUAUCUCCAAAGGGGUCUGUUAACCUCGGCGGGAAGGGAGAUUAGGAACAAGAGUCAGAUCCAGGACCUGCUGGAUGCUGUCUGGCUUCCCAAGGAGGUGGCGGUAAUUCAUGUUCCUGCUCACACCCGUGGAACUGACCCCCAGUCUCUAGGGAACGCAGCAGCGGAUAAGGCUGGGAUGCUUCCUGUCCAACCAUCUUAUCAAUCCAGUGAUCCGGAUGGCACCCCUGAAAAGGGGGGAUGGAGAAGACACCCAAAUGGCUUGCUAAUUCUGCCCAAGGCACUGUUGCUACCCCUAUUGAUGACUCUUCAUAGCCUUACCCACUUAGGCGGAACCCGGCUUUACGACCUGGUGAGCCGACACUUCUACAGCCCUGGGAUGAAGCAGGCGGCCGAGGAAGCCGCAAGAAGGUGCCUUGCACGUGCUAAAGUCAACCCACGAUCACAAUCAAGGAUACCAACUGAUAGACCACGAGGAACAUUUCCUGGCGACCAUUGGGAAGUAGACUUUACUGACAUGGGAACUGGGUUGGGAGGGUACCGUUUUCUCCUUGUAUUCGUGGACACAUUUUCUGGAUGGCCAGAAGCAUUUCCAGUCAAAACUGAAACUGCAACCGUAGUGGCCAAAAAGCUGUUCUUUGAACUUAUUCCUAGAUUUGGCCUGCCGGCCUCGAUAGGCUCUGACAACGACCCAGCAUUUGUAUCUGCAACAAUUCAAAGCCUAUCAAAGAUGCUGGGAUUGAAAUGGAAAUUGCACUGUGCAUAUAGGCCUCAAAGUUCAGGGCAGGUAGAAAGGAUGAAUAGAACUCUAAAGGAACACAUUGCUAAACUUAAAAUAGAAACUGGCGAUAGCUGGGUCAGUCUCCUUCCCUUCGCCCUCCUCCGGGCCCGGUGUACUCCCAAUUCCUCAACCCUCUCUUUAUCUCCAUACGAGAUCCUCUAUGGAGCCCCUCCUCCUAUUAUUCCAAGAGUAUCUGCAGCUAUUUCAGCCCCAGAUUUUACUAAUCCGACUCUUCUUAAGUCCUUCCAGGCUUUGCGUGAGGUCCAGAACGCUGUGCGCUCGGUCCUGAAAGCUGCGGGGAAAGAACCAGCCCCUGCAACCUCAUCGGAUGCCCUGUCACCGGGAGACUGGGUCCUCACUCGCAAGCUUCCAGCUGGACCAGCCCUGGAACCACGGUGGACGGGCCCGUAUCAAAUUAUCCUCUGCAACCCCUCUGCCGUCAAGGUUGCCGGCCGCAAGGCAUGGAUACAUCGGUCACACAUCAAGAAGGCCCCAGAGCCCAACUCCACCGCCUGGACAGCAGAAGCAGUGUCCGACCUAAAGCUUCGACUCUCCAGAACUUGACUCUUCUUCUCUUUCUUUUUGCUUGUGAGAUGACUUUGGGUGACCCCUAUAGCCCUACCCCAUCCAGGUGGAUUCUCUCCCGAACUAACGAUGGGA